CUGACAAUCCGCUUUUCUUUUCGCCGACAUGUUGUUCUUCUGUUCUAACAUGCUCCUCUUUAUAAGAGCAUCCAGUUUUCAUUUGUGUACAAAUUGUUCUUUCCGGCGAGAAUACGUGUAUUGCUAUAGACUACAGAUUUGAAGUCAUCUGGAUAUCGGAUAGUAGUAUGUACCUUGGCUGAAUAAGUCUUCUUAUAGUCAGUAUGAGUACUGCCUGUCUAGCAAGAACAUUUACAUCAACAAAACUGAUGUCACACCCCAUUUAUUCUUUUCGCCCUGCUUGCAUACAUCAUGUAAAGCAAAUUGUUCAGAGUGUAUCAUGCAGAAGCAACAUUCUUGGAAAUUGCUUCAGUAAGCAAAGUUGCCUUCUUCAAGGUUCAGUCUGUUCCAUUUAUCUUGGAGAUAAACAUAUCGCCAAACAGAUGUCAUCAGAUUUGAAGUUUGUUGCUUCAGACAACUGCAGCAAGUCAAUUAGAAUAUUUAAAACUGCUGCUUUUAGACCUGGUGAAAAUUGUAGGCAAGAAACUGCAAACGAAAAGUUAAAAUUACUACAUAAAACAGGCUUUGCAUUUGACAGCGAGAAAGUGGAAUGUUUAAAACAGACUUAUAACUUGCCGGCUGAACCAAAAAUACCCAACUCUUUGAACUAUACAGAUUUGUGUUCCGGUGUAUUUCAAACCUCAGAAAACAGAACAUUCAAUAAGUUGUUCUCGUCACAAAAAUAUACUCCUACAGCGUAUUGUAUUAGACAUUACCACACAGGAAUACAGUCAUUACCAUGGUUACGUGCAUGUAUUUUACCAAAAACAUGUAGCCAGUCACUACCUGUACCCCAUCCAGAGUGGUUACAAUGUCGGUGCUUUCAUCGGGAAGCACUUCCCGAGAGGUUUGACAUCCACAAGAACCCGACAUUCAAGCAGUACCUCGACAGCCUACUGUCCGAGUUUGAGCACAUCAAUAGGAUUUUGUCGAACCAGACAUCAGAGCAAGACGUUAAUGUGAAGGAGCUAAACAGUCGCAUCGUUCAGUUGACGCCCCUUGUGUCGGUGAUCAGGGAGUUGGAGAAGCUGGAUAAACAGAUUGAGGAACUUGAUGUUCUUGUGUCAGAUUUAUCUACAUCAGACACCGAGUUGAAGCACAUGGCUGAGACAGAACGAGAAGACUGCAUCAGACAGAUGGAGCAGUUACAAUUACAGCUCAUUGAUCUUAUGGUGGGAUAUGAGCAAGUUGACAAGAAUGACAUUAUUCUGGAGAUCAAUGCAGGGGUCGGAGGUCAAGAGGCGAUGCUGUUUGCGGGAGAAAUGUUUGACUUGUACCAAGUGUACUCCCACUGGAAGGGCUGGUCCUUCGAGAUUAUCAACUCUGACAUAUCUGAACAAGGUGGUCUGCGUAAAGCGUCGGCAUCAGUGUGUGGUGUGGGUGUUUACCGACUGUUAAAGUUUGAGAGUGGUGUUCACAGAGUGCAGCGGGUGCCAAAGACGGAAAAAGCUGGACGAAUUCACACUAGCACUAUGACUGUCUCAGUUCUCCCACAGCCAACAGAAAUAGAAGUUGUCAUCCAGUCACGAGACCUCCGAGUGGAGACGUUUAAGGCGAGUGGGAAGGGAGGUCAGCACGUCAACACCACGGACAGUGCUGUGAGGAUCACCCACCUGCCCACGGGUAUGGUGGCCGAGUGUCAGCAGGAGAGAUCUCAGAUUAAGAAUAAAGCAUUAGCCUUGCAGAUACUCAGGUCAAGAAUUUACGAAAAAGAACUGGCUAGUCAGCAGAUGAAGUACAAGGCUGACAGGAAGAUACAGGUCGGGACUGCUGGACGUUCAGAGAAAAUCCGAACCUACAACUUUAACCAGGACCGAAUCACGGACCACCGCAUAAACUACAGCUUGUUUAACCUCGACCACUUCAUGACGAGCGGCGAAGACCUCAACAGUCUGAUAGGGGCGUUGUUAAAAGAAUCACAGUACAACUUUCUCGAUGACAUUCUAGAAGACUUUGUAAAGAAUAGAAAGAAAGAAUUGGCUUGAUUGUUGAUUAUAAUCAUCAGUAGUAACAAAUUAUUUUUAUUAGAAAGAAAAACAUUUAAUAUGUGCUUUCUGAAAGUGUGUAAUAAACUUAGACAUGGACAGGCCUCAAAUUUGGCAAAUGAGAGGGUAAGACUAUUUGGUCUAGACCAAUGGAGAUUGGGGGGCGAGGGUGGAAUUACCUCCAGAAGGUAGGGUAACCAGGCAAACUUCAACAAGUGUCUUAAUAUAACAACAGAACCCAUUCACAAUAAAUAUAAGACCGUGUGAACUGUUGCCUGUUUUUGUUUCAGGGGUGAAGUUAAGAGUAUGAUAAGCAAUUACUAACAUGCAAAAUAUGGUAUGGUCAGUUUGGCCAUGGGAAUUUCAGCAGUAUGCUGCAUUUCGAACCAUGCAUGGAGUUUUAAUAAAUUAUUAAUGAAAACAAUGUCAUUUUGAAAGUUAAAAUGUUUUGAUUUGGUAUAAUACAGCCAGAAAAUGUUGUAGCAUUACGCACGUCGACGUGUGCCGGAGCAGGGUUUCCGGGGUCUCUUCCCCCCCCCCCCAAGAAAAUUGUUUAAACUGGUUGUGGAACACAAAGACUUAUUCACAAAUUAAUGCAUCAAAUGAAUUUUCAAACUUUGCGAAAAACAGCUCAACAAUGGUCAGAAUUGCUUUAUUGGGGAAACUUAAUGACUGGAAAAGGGAAGAGGAUAUUUUAUAGACCAAUUACAGAUAGCCUCGACCUAUUCCCAGAUUCUUUUGCAUUACGCAUGUGCGUACAGUGCAUAAUGGGCGUUACGCCUUUGUAAUAAGUAAUUUAUUAAGCAAAAUAAUCAUCGAAUAAUAAAUCAAUGUUUGAUUCAACAUCUGACGUUUAUGUUUACAUGCAGUGAUGUAAUAAACUUUGUUAAGUUGAAAUAAUAGUGAUAUUUCUCUCCUUUUUUUUCUCAAAAUAUAUUAUUUAUAUUUCACCUCGUGAAAUCUGCAAUCAUAUCACAGAUGACAUACAAAUCAUAUUUGACAAAAAUCUUCUAUUUAAAAUUAAACAUUCAUCAUUUUACGUUAGUUUAUUCUCCCAAAAACACAACACAAAUCCAUUAUAAACUUGGUAACUGAUCAAUGAUGUUCACAGUGAAAUAACAGUUCCUACUGUGAAUGUAACAA